AUGGGAACCUUACGCCAAGAGAGACACUCUCUGUUUGGGAGCUUGUUUGAAAAAUACAACCAAGUCACGAAAGAAGUUGUAAACCAGAAUAUGUCCAAUAAUCUAACGGCUCCAUCUUUAUCUUUAAAGGGUUGGUAUUAUUUAUAUCAUUACGAUAAAGAAAUGGUGGAAGAAGAAUGGUAUGAAACUACUAGAAUGGUUGCGAAACAUACCGAAAAAGAAAAUAUAGAAAAAGUUUAUUCGCACACAAAUCCUUUUAUAAGAAAUUUUAUCAGACGAUCUAUUAAAGGAGGAAGAGUUUCGGCAAAUAGAAAAUCAUUUGAAACGAACAAAAUGGAUGAAAUUUGUAACGUAUUAAAGGAAUAUAUUUCACAAAGUGAAAGUAAUAACAUAAUUGAUUUAUUCAAAGAAUACAGCGCAAGCACAAAAGACAAAACGGAAGUUCAUUCGAGACCUAAAAAAAUAGAAUGUACUAAACUAAUGGCAUUUGAUGCUUAUGGUUUAUACGCUUCCGCCAUGUCGGAUUUAGACAGUGAAUAUCUGAGAGCCGAAAGUGGAAGACCGUUUCUACCAGAAGAAGAAAAAGAAUUUGUAAAACUCUUCAAUAAACAAAAAUUCAGACCUAGAACAGCUAUUUUAACAGUGUGGUUUGACUAUCCCAAAAACAUGUUCUUCCAACCGAUACCAGCUAAAGAUAAAAUCACUUUCACGAAUAAAGAAGGUAAAAAGGAAACUGGUAACAAAAUCAGGUUCAGAAAUGGUUUCUGUCACGACGUUUUAACAUCGGUCGAUAUUCAAGAAAUAGUGAAAGCCGGUGGACGAAUUAUUAGAAUAUUAGAUGUUAUAGUUUACGAAGAAAAUUUUAAAACUCCACCCUAUAGAGAUUAUAUUUUAAUUUUGAGAGAUUUAAGAAAUAAAUAUAAACAAGAAGGUAAUAUCGUGGGUAGUAAUUGCAUGAAAUUAUUAGGUAAUUCCUUGUAUGGUAAAUCAAUUCAGAAAGACAUAUUCACAACUAGACAUUUAUGGAAUGAAGCAACUUUACAGGCCAACUUUGAUUCACGAGUUAAAACCUAUGAGAAAAUUAAUGAUACUAAAUAUAUUGUUGAAACGGAAAUUGAAGAAAAAGAGAUUACUACCGAAGACAGUAAAUCUACACGACUAACACCUAGUCAUUUGGGAUCAUUCGUUUUAUCUCACAGUAAAAAAAUAAUGAACAAUUUCAUUCACGUCAUAAAUGGAUUUUAUAAACCCGAAAUAUACUAUACCGACACCGAUAGUUUGUACAUUUCAUCUAAAAAUUGGAAAAAACUAAACAGAGCUGGUUUGGUCUCCGAAAAAGAAUAUUGCAAAGGUAAAAACGAUUACGGUGACGGUGGAAUUAUAUUUGGUUUAUAUUUAGCACCAAAAGUCAAAUACAACAUCGUUUUGACUUCUGAAGGUUAUUCUAAUGAUAAGAUAAGUGUAGAAGAUUACGUUCAGUUAGCAAGCGGACAUGAUGUGUCGAACGAAUUUAAUAAACCGUGGGAAAAAAGUUUCACCAAUGGAGUAGUUAUUCCAAAUGAUAAACAAACUAAAGUUUUUAGAAGUUAUUUGAAUAAUGUUAAAAGAAAACCACCAAACAGUGAAGGAAUUAUGUAUCCUUACAACGACAAAGAUGAGUAUAGUUUUGACGAAAACUAUGAAUUUGAUGAUUUCGAUUAUCUUUCUAAUCAAGAAGAGAAUGAAGAUUGUUUUAAAUGA